GGCUCUGGCGGACCGCGCUGUCUGGACGUCAUGGUCGCUUCCCGCUUACCCCCAGCGACGCUAACGCUAAAGCAGUUCGUGAGAAGGCAACAAGUUCUCCUCCUCUACAGAAGGAUUUUGCAGGCAAUUCGGCAAGUUCCAAAUGAUUCUGAUCGCAAAUACCUGAAGGACUGGGCAAGGGAAGAAUUCAAAAGAAACAAAAGUGCCACCGAAGAGGAUACAAUCCGGAUGAUGAUUACUCAAGGCAAUAUGCAGCUCAAAGAGUUAGAAAAAACACUUGCUUUAGCCAGAUCUUAACUACAGCAUUAUCCUGAAAGGUUUGCAAAGUCUCCAUGUGUUUAGUUGAGCUUAGGCUCAACAGUGGGUAGCCCAAAGCCAAGUGAAACUAUCUGUACAUAGAGCCCUUGAGCAAAAUGUCAGAACAUGGAGCAUGGCAUAUCAGAGAGAGCCAAGAAAAGGGCAUAAGAGCAAUUGUCUUAGCACUGAAAACAUACCUUUUAUUUUGAAAAUGUUCUUGGAUAUGUCAGUUUUUGGAAGAAGCAAAGAUCAGUACAAUAGAUAGCACAUAAAAAGAUGUUCAACACCAUUAAUCAUUAGGAAAAUGCAAAUCAAAACCACCAAGAGAUACUAUUUACAUCCACUAGAAUGGGCUAUAAUUAAAAAGGGAGAUAAUUGCAAAUGUUGGUGAGGAUGUGGAGAAACUGGAACCCUUAAACACUGCUCGUGGGACUAUAAAAUUGUGCAUCCACUGUGGAAAAAAGACUGUCAGUUGCCCAAAAGGUUAAACAGCAUUAUUCAUAAUAGCCAAAAAGUAAGACAAUCCAAAUGCCCAUCAGCUGAUGAAUGGAUAAGUAAAACGUGGUAUACCCAUACAAUAAAAUAUUAUUUAGCAAACAAAAAGGGAUGAAGUACUGAUACAUGCUACACCUGGAUGAACCUUGAAAACAUUAAAGUGGCCAGUCACAAAAGCUCAUGUAUUGUAUGAUUCUAUUUAUAUGAAUGCACAACCCUGAAUAUACUAAAAUCUACUGAACUGUACAUUUUACAGGUAUAUGUGAAUUAUAUCUGAAUAAAGCCAUUUUUCCCCAAUUUUUUUUGAAAUGUAAUUGAUAUAUAAUAUUGUGUAAGUCAAUUAAGCUGUUUUAAAACAGUGUGAGGUAUAGGGCUGGAGGUGUACUGACCUCAAGAGACACCAUGGAGCUUCCUUGGAAAGUCCUUCUGCAUUAACCCUCAGGGUUGUUGAGGUAUGUUCUUCAGAUGUGUUGCAUCUGAUACUCAAGAGGACUUUCCAAAAAGAUCACCACUGGGAAUCUAGAACUUUGUAGAAAAAAGAAGAAAGAGAAGUUUAAUAAAUGCACUGAAGCACCUACCAAAAAGAAGAGGCAACUCCUGGUCAAAACUAAUGUGGUUACCUUAAUAGCCACAUGGAAAGUAAAAUAAAUCAUUAAUUAAGGAAGCUCCUCAGUGCAUUAGGUUCUCCUCCAGUGACAGGAAAAAACAGAGUUUGCAGAAUACAUUGGAGACAGAAGUUGACUUCAGGACACUUUUGAAAGAGACCAAAUGUGUUUAACAGUUAAUUUAGUGAAAGUGAAAGCUCGUGGAAGAGGCUGGGGUUGGCAGUUCACCUACAGAACAAAUCUAAAAAGUUAAUCCAAGAAUCAGAGCAUCUGAAAGAUGUAGAAGAACUUUUGCAGGAUAAACAGUGUCUAGUGCUGGACUGUGUGCCAUGGGAGAGGUGUAAACCAGUGGUGUGUCACUAACCUGCAUUCCGAGCCACCCUUGCUCUUCCACAGCUCCAGAACCCACAAGACAAAAUAAUUCUGAAUACUCUGCCACAGGGGGAUGUGCUAAUCUAAAAUGCUUGCAAUAAGCCAAUUUUCAGGUUUUUAUAUAGAUGUACGUUAGUCAAGCCAUCUGAUGAACAGAGGGAAAAGCAUGUGUGAAGAGUUUCUGAACAGAGAACCUUAGAAAGACUUGCUCUUUUGUGUGGCAUGAUUGGCAAAUACUCAAGUGCAAGCUAUCUCUAGUAAAUCUAAAAUCUUGAAGCUAAAAACCAUCCUUUUAUGAAGUGUGACAAGCAGUGACUUUGAUGUUCUUCCUAGCAGCACUGUAUGUGGAAGAUGUAAGAGCAUUUGUGGUUUGUAUUUGCAAGAAUCAAAUACCACAGACUCCCCAAGAAAACCUAAUGUGGGGUUUUGUUUUGAUUUUGUUUUUUUAAGUGGAUAAAACAUGAAAAAUUGAAUUUUCAUCUUCCAGAGGCUAAGACUAUUCUCAUGGACAAGCUUUUCCCUUCCUCUCUAAAGAACAGUUUAAUUUUAUUUGUUCACUUACAUCUUUGCGUACCUCCUGAAUUAUAGGCCAAGUCCGUUGUUUAGCCCAAGAGAAGAUUUAUUUAGCAGUUUCUUCUCACAUGUGGAACCAUGGUCAUUAAGAUGUUGGCCAGAAUAGAACUGCUGGUGAAACACAUUUAUCAUCUUCAUCAGUAUUUUGGAUUAGGCAAAUUAACUGUUCUGGGUGUUCCCUGUAAACUAUACUGUUGUUUGAAUUUGAAGUUUUGUUCCUAAAGUUUAAUUUUAAGAUGUCUGAAUGUUCAACUAAUGUAUAUUAACUACAAUAAAUCCAUCUUUAAACCCCUUUAUUAUUAUUAUAAUAUCUAUUAUAUUAUCUAAAUUAUUAGAAUUGUUUUAAAUACAAAAGCUUUCUAGCAUGAGAA